AUGGGGAAGGCGGACCAGUGCGUCGACGUGGAGCGGAAGAAGGCCGGGCGCCCCAAGAAGAACCCUGCUGCAGCACCGGCCGCCGCGGCCGCGACGGCCACCACGACCACGACCACCGCCGCGACGGCCGCACCACCCGCCAAACCACAAAACGAGCCCAGCCGGAAGCGAGCUCGCAUCGACGGACCAGUGGACCAGAAGUUCGUUGCCCCCUCACCAUCACCAUCACCAUCACCUUCAGCAUCGUCGUCGUCCUCCUCUUCUUCAUCUUCUUCAUCGGCGUCAUCGCGAUCAUCACCAUCACAACCGCACCCUCACCAGCCGCCACCGCACUCGCACUCGCAACCGCCACAGCCGCCGCCGCCGCCGUCGUCAGCACACGAGCCGCAGCCGCAGCUGCAACCGCCGCAGUUUGGCUCGGUGCCCGCGGGCCAGCCCCAGGCCGGGCCGCAUCAGCAGCAGCAGCAGCAGCAGGAGCGACAGAACGAGAAGGAGCUCCUGAGCAGCGCCGUCCGCCUGCUCUCCAACACCGUCGAAAGCCUGCGGCAAGAGGUCAACCAGCUCAAGUCCAACCAAAACAACAACAUCAACAACACCCCCGCCGCCGCGGACUCUCCAUUAUCUUCAUCGUCUUCAUCAUCGUCUUCUUCAUCAACGACGACCACGGCGACGGCGGCGAGCGUUCCAUUUUCGUGUCCGUCGCCGAUGGGCAACGUGCCCAGGUCGCCGUCGCCGUUGCCGUCGCCCUCGUUCGCGAGCCACCCGACGCCGUCCGGCUCGACCGCCUACUUCUACUCGUGCCCGCCGCCCUUGUCGUCGUCGCCCUCGCCCCCGUCCUACUCGUCGCCGUCGCCCUUCUCCCCGCCGCCCCCGCCCACCACCACCACCGGCGUGUCGACAUCGUCAUCGUCGUCGUCAUCGACAUUGUCGACGCCGCCGCCGCCGGGCCACGUGGUCACCACGUCGACCUACACGACCCAGCCGGGGCCGUCGGGUGGUGGCCAGGCCCAGCACCAGUACAUUCCGAUCGCGGCCCUGCCCCACUGCCGCGAGAUGAUGGACCACUUCUCGUUCCUCCUGGCCUUCGACCUCAAGUCCUCCUACCUGCCCUUUGUUGUCGACGACAUCGCCAAACCGGUUUGUGUGGUGCGGUCCCCGCCAGCUGGCGACGAUUCGGUGCCGCCCGUGUUCUACUUUGUCAACCGCUCCAUGGCCGACCUCCUUCUCUAUCGCGUGGACGAGCUGGUGGGCCAUUCGGUGCUGGGCAUCUACGCGCCGGACGACAAGACCAAGAUCCAGCUUAUGCCCCACGUGGAGGACCUCCCCUUCUCGCCCAUCAUCCUCUUCAGCCCGCUCGUCAUCCGCAAGGACGGCACCAUCGUCCGCAUGUCCACCCGCCUCCAGACCUUCUCCACCCGACGCCUCACCCCGGAUUGGACGAUCAUUGUGGUGGACGGGAUCGAGGAGGUGGGAGCCACCCUGGGCUCCUCCUCCAUGCACGUGCCCCAGCUCCCCAAGUGGCUCGGCCAAAACACCACCGCCUUUCUGAAGUCGGUGCUGUCGAUGACGGGCCUGCCGAGGAACCCGGGCGGCGCCUCGCUCCACGAGUUUCACGGGUCGAGCCCGGGCACGGCCACGGCCUCGGCGUCGAGCCCCAGCGGCGGCGGCAUGUCGACGAUGGGCCACAGCCACAUCGGCCGAUUCCCCCCGAGCCUUCGCAUGCUGGGCGACGCCGGGCCGCCGCCGCACCAUCAGCACCAGCACCACACAUCGACGACCACCAACCAGCACCACCCGCCCCUGACUCAGGUGAGUCUGGAGGAGGUGGAGGAGGACGUGGCGGGGAAGCCGAAUCCGUCGGGGGACGCCGACCUGAACGAACUGCUGACGCAGCUCAUGCCGGCCUCAGUCUUCACGCCCGACUACGCCUCGUGGAUCGGCGAGGGCACCGGCGGCGGCGACUACGCCUCGCCCAUGGGCGACUCCGCCGCGCCCGACAGCCACCACCAUCAGCCCCACCACCAGCCCUAG